GUCGCUGCUGCCUUGGAGGACCAGCUGAUCUCCCUCCGCGAGGGUCUGUGUGUCCAGCCCUCGUCACAGGUGCUCAGAGUUGAGCCCGGAGUCUCCUUCUCAGCACCAACUCCAGCGCAUCCCGCAUCGCAUCGCUCGGCGGCGGCGCCGAGGGUCUGCAGGCUGACCGCCCCGCCUGCAGCAGAAGGGUGUGUCUCUGAAGACCGUUUUAAGUUGAAAGGAAAGAUGCUGUCAUCCAAUGAUCAGAAGUUAGAAAAGCUGGAUCCCUUUCAUCGACCUCUGCUGUCCAAGCAGAAGACUAGUGCGGAAAUCAUAAAUGAAGCGCGGAAUGCCUUAAGAUCGGUUAGAACCCAGAGACCAUUUACACCCCGGGAAGACCAGAGGAAGCUGUUUGGGCCCGCCUCAUCAAGAACCCCAGAAAACAGACCUCCCUCCUCCUUCAGCCUUCAUGCGUCCAGCUUUGAGUUAGCUGACUCCAGGCCCAUCUCUGGCACCCGCCUCAGCCCACUCGAGCUGAAACCCAGAGCUCCAGCAUCUCCCACCACGGAGGAGGAUGCCUGUCCGUCCCUCCCGAAACCUCCCCUGGACCCUGUGAAGAUAAGAAGGAUAAGUGGUGGGCGGUCGCGCUUCUACAGGGCUGCGUCCCAGGGAACUCUUCUGCCUGACCGAUCUCCUGCUGCUGCCCCCUCAAAGACCACGGAGGACUCCAAAGAGACUGUUUCCGUGGAGAAUUCUGCGGCAAAAAUAAAUGGGACUUAUUUAACAGCAUCAAAUGCCAUUGGUCAUUUAAAGAGUCACCCACCCCAACGUACUUACGACCAAGGCUUCAGAGAAACCAAAGAAGUGUCCAAGGAACCAUCAUCUCAUCUCCGGAGCGGCGGAAGUGAUGCUGCUCACAUGAGGCAUCGUGGGGCCAACCUCACCCCUGGCCAGGACUCGGAGAGAGCGGGCAGGGACCAGGGGAAGCGGCCUGCCAGGGCCUCCUCGUGUCCUAGCAGCUCAGACCUGAGCAGGCUGGAAACCAGAGCAGAUUCCUUUGCAGCCUCGAGAGCCAGCUUACAGGAACAGGAGACAGAAAUAGAAGUCGAUGAAGUCUUUUGGAAAACACGGAUUGAGCCGCUUCUGCAUGAAUUAGAAAAGGAAGACAUCGAGGCCGUGUGUGCCACUUGCUCGCAGCUCCAUCACGCGUUGGAGGAAGGGCGCAUGCUCGGCAGGAAGUUCCAGGGAAGAAGCGUCCUGCUGAAGACCCUGUAUAAACUGGUGGAUGCUGGCUCGGACUCGCUCAGCCUCAAGCUUGCCAAACUCAUCCUGGCACUAAAAGUGAGCAGGAAGAAUCUUCUGAAUGUCUGCAAACUGGUAUUUAAAAUCAGCAGGAGUGAGGAGAAUGACGUCCUGCUGCAGAAUGACAACAUCCUGGAAUCGCUACUGGAGGUGCUGAGGGGUGAAGACUUGCAAAGUAACACUGAGGCUUUUUUGUACUGCAUGGGGGCUCUGAAAUUCAUUUCCGGGAGUCCGGCAUUUCUUCCCGAGAUGAUCGGCAAAGGUGCCGUGGAAAUAUUGACAAAGUUGAUACGGCAAACGAGCGAGGACACAAAGAAACGCGGCGCGUGCCUGCCUAACGCAGGCAACUUGCUGGUCCAGACAACUGCUACGCUGAGAAACUUGGCCGACUCACCGCUGACGAGAAGCAGGCUCCUGAAGGUCGGGGCCUUCCCCCCGCUCUGCACAGUGAUGGAGCAGUACAUGGACGACAAGGAUGUCUGCACCAACAUCGCCAGAAUAUUUAGCAAACUGACAUCUUACCAUGACUGCUGUGCAGCCCUGGCAAGCUAUUCCAGAUGCUAUGUCUUGUUUCUGAGUCUACUGAACAAAUACCAGAAGAAACAGGAUUUAGUAAUUCGCAUUGUUUUUAUCCUUGGCAACCUGACAGCAAAGAAUAACCAGGCCCGGGAAGUUUUCUCCAGGGAACGAGGGAGCAUCGAAACUCUGCUCACGUUGUUUCAGAACUUCUACCAACUUGACCAGCACCCCCCAAGGCUGGGGCCCUCAGGAGCCAGUCCGGCAGCGGAGGCUGAGGACGUGCUGGUCAAGCUGACCCGCGUCCUGGCCAACGUAGCCAUUCACCCGCGCAUCGGCCCAGUGCUGGCCGCCGAUCCUCGGGUGGUGGACCUGUUGCUGACCACGCUGGAAUCCAAGUCACUGGGCGACUGUGAGGAGCUGGUGAUCAACGCCACGGCAGCCCUCAACAACCUGUCAUUCUAUCAAGUGAAGAGCUCCGUCCUGCAACACAGAAAGCUGUAUGUCGCCGAACUGCUCUUAAAGCUCCUCGUGAGUAACAACAUGGAUGGCAUCCUGGAGGCCGUGCGGGUCUUUGGAAACCUCUCCCAGGACCGUGACGUCUGCAAUUUCCUCAUGCAGAAAAAUGUGCACAAGUUCAUGAUCGCGCUGCUGGAAGCCAAGCAUCAGGACAUUUGCUUUGCCGCCUGUGGGGUUCUCCUAAACCUCACCGUGGAUAAAGACAAGCGUGCCAUUCUGAAAGAAGGUGGAGGCAUUAAAAAGUUAGUGGACUGCUUAAGAGAGUUUGGUCCCGGCGACUGGCAGCUGGCCUGUCUGGUGUGCAAGACCCUGUGGAACUUCAGCGAGAAUAUCACAAGCGCAUCACUGUGUUUUGGAGAUGAAGAUGCCAACAGGCUCCUGGUCCUCCUGUCGUCGUUUUUAGAUGAAGAACUGGCCCUGGAUGGCAGUUUUGACCAAGACCUAAGAAGCUAUCACAGACUCCACUGGGAAACAGAAUUCAAACCUGUGGCCCAGCAGCUUCUGAAGCGAAUCCAGAGUCACCACACGCCCCUAGAGCCCCUGCCCACGCCCUCUUUCUAACAUGACACAGUCUAAAGGCAGAUCUGGGGAGUCAGGCCUCCCUCAUUCCCGGGAAGUGGUAAAAGCAUGGCCGUUUCUCAGUGUUAACACAUGUGGAGCAUUUAAAAAAUACUGAUUUUAGUGAAUAGCCUAAGCAUUUUUGAAAGAAGUAAGCAUUUCUUCCUUUUCUAGAUAUUAUGGAAAAAUGAAUAUAUAUAUUUUCUGCUAUGAGAGAUGUGAGAUGGAAAUAUAUGCAUUUUUAAGA